AUGGCUGCCCUACCGACAAUGCGGCCACUAGGCUGCCUGCGGUCCUUGAUUAGAACUCAGGAUGCCUUUCAGCCACAGAUGACCCGCCGGUUCAUUUCAACAGCCUAUUCGAAGAGACCCGAGCGUGUCCCUCUCCCUCCAAAUCUUCCCCAGCAAUUCCUCUCACAAUUACCGCUGCGUAUGCAACCGCAAAAUGCUUCCAAGCCCGUCAAGGUCUACCCAGCUCCUCCCUCCACCCGCAAAGCAUGCAAAGAUCCCAUCGGAAAGAUCACCGAAUCCCAGCUCGAAGUCCUUGACCCCAAGGGCGAGCGCAAGGCCCUGUUCGACUACCGCCGGAAUACCCGCAGUGUCAAGCCCGGUGAUAUUGUGCGCGUGACUUUCAAGAACGGCGACCCCUUCAACGGUGUGGUGCUGAGUAUCAAGCUCCGCGGUAUUGAUACUUCAUUCUUGUUGCGCAAUGAGCUCACUCGUGUGGGUGUUGAGAUGUCGAUCAAGGUGUUCAGUCCCAAUGUGCAGAGUGUGGAGAUUGUCCAACGCGCUGAGCGCAAGCCCCGUCGCGCAAGACUGUACUACAUGCGGUCCCGCAAGCACGACCGCCGCAGCGUGGAGAACGUUGUGGCCGCCUACGUCCGCCAGAAGCGGGCUUUCCUGGGUGGCAACCGCCAGAAGUGA